AUGACAGCAACCCACGCUUUUUUCAGACAGUCCAGCAUUGCUCGUGUCGUCCUUGUUGCGUUCUUGUCAUUGUCGUUGGGGUGUAGUUUUCGUGCGUCAGAGCUGUUGCCACAUACUCACCGGUAUCUGAUAGUGGCUGACGGUGGCUUCUUUCUAUGUCUAUUUGGUGUCGCUGCAGAUGACAAGGUGGUGCGUACCUACCCCCUUCUUCAAUUGAUAUUUUGGCAAAGGCACUUUCCUUUCUUAUCACAGUCCACUGGUGCCACUGGAAGAGCUUUCAUCAGUGGCCACAUCAUCAUCGAUUGGUCUCCAGCAUCCAGCAGAGAUCGUGGAAACUCUUCGGAGGUGGCCACAUCAUUUCGAGCGAUCCUGGUAGGGCAUUCAAGGACACCAGACCUCGUGUAA